UACGUUUAUUCUAGAAAUUUCAUGAUUUCCUCAAUUUCCUCUGGGAAUCAUCAACCGUGACGAAUGCACCGUGCCAGGACCAUAAGGUCGCACAUGUUCAACAUUUGCAUAUUUAGUUUCAGAAGACAAAACAAGGUUUGUAGCUGCUGCCUCUUGUGUAGUAUACGCGCUGUAAUGCCAUGUUCGUAAUCAUAUUCACUAAACCCUCGGUCUCUUUAAUAGGUGUAGCCGAGAAAUUUUGAUAAAUCGCUUGAAGUUUAGAAAGCAAGUGUUGCUGCUCGCUUGCCGAGACAUUCCGAGUCAAACUACAUUCAUACAGGAGAAGGAUAAAAUUAAACAUUGGUUUAGAGCUCGAGGUAUUGAAAAGAUUCCAGCUUUUUAGGUCACUUGGAAUCCUACAUGGCCUACCAAAGUUCCGUGUCUUUUAACGCCUUGCCAUUUCCAGUACCACAGGAUUUGCUCCUUUCAGCCCUUGUAUCAACCAACCAUGAGGAAACUCUGAAAAAUGCUGAUCGGUUUUUGGAGACCAAAGACUAUCGUACUGCAGCUGCGCUUUACACUGCGGCUGUUGAAUAUCUUCAAGUUCCCACAUCUGCUGAACGAGUAGCCAAUAUUCUGUGCAAGCGAGCUGAAUGUUUACUUCGUUUGAAUUAUGUGCAACAUGUUUUACAUGACUGCGAUGUUUGCGAAACCUUGACUGGUUGCGGAAACGAACAUGUAGCCUUCCUGAGAUUACGAGCUCUAGAAUUGCAGGGAGAGGUGCAAGAAGCCUUCAUUCAUGCCAUUGUCUUUGAAGCUCUCAAUCCCGAGAAGUCAAGAGACAAAGAUGCUGUGCGCAGACUAAGAACAAAGGUCAAAUCGCUCUUCAGACAGGGUGAACACCAAAUCUACAGAACCAUCGACAUCCUGAUGAAGCAAGGGACGAUAUUGUUUGAAAAAAACAAAUCUGAUUUAGCUUUGAGUAUCUUCACAGAGAUGGUUAAUCUUGCGCCUAGAGCAGAAGGAAUACAGAUGGCCCAUGAAUACCGAGCGCAAUGUUAUUUCAUUCAGGGGAAAUUUUUACAAGCUGAUCAAGACUGCAAUCGAGCCCUUAAUCUGUCUGACCGUGAAAGUAUCUCAGCUCUUGAUACAAAGAUCAAAAUCCAAAUGCAGCUUGGAGAGUUUUCCGAAGCUCUUGAAAUACUCUAUGAAUGGCGGAUGCUUAUUGAUCCUGAGUUUCAGAAUACUUAUCUUGACGAGAUAGAAAGAAAGAUACGGGACCAGAUGGCUGAGCCUGAAAACACUGCGGGGAUAAGCCGAACACAAUCGUCCUUUGAUAUAUCGUCUAGUCAAGGAAUACUGCCUUACAAAGGAAACAAACGCCCCCAAUUCCGAGCUUCCAAGCAUGCCAAGACAACAAAGGGCAAAAAAGAGCUUCAACGAGAAGAAUGGAUCAGAGAGAAGGAGCGGCAAGAAAUAGCUCAGCCCUGUACGAAGGAAAUGCCCAAGAAAGGAGAUGAAAAUAGAGACAGAGCGGCAAGAGCUGAUUUUAAUCCACAAGUAAAGCGAGGUGCAACUAAAGAGGAAUUUCUCGAUUUUUCUCCUACAGUAAGACCGAAGAAAAAGCAGGGAAGGAGAAAGACCAAGACCUUGAGAGCCAAACGGGAAGCUGAUGGUGAUGAUGAAUCCGACACAGACAGUGUCUGUAGCACCCGCACUUGCCCUGAAAAACUGGACUACACGAUGAGUACCGUAAAAUCUACAUCAAAGGUGCCAAGUAUCGGCCAGUCAACUUCCAAAGGCAAACACCAGAAACAGAAACCACCACCUGGGGUACAGCAGCCCCCUGUUGGUUCAACGUCUCCACAAAUGAAAAAACCAGUUGCUAAAGUUAAACCCUUUACUGAGGGCGUUAGAGAGAAAGCUGGAGCAAGUGCAAGUGUAAGAGGCUACGGAAUUCGUAAAAGACCACGUCUUGUCUUUGGCGCCUACCGCCUCUGCAAGUACUACCGCCUUCAGCAGCCUUGUUUCCAAGGGGAACGCUGUUCCUAUGCACACAGUGAAGAAGAACGAAAAGCAUGGGAAGCAGAAAGGAAGAGAGAUAUUUGUGCAGUCCCGACGAAACACAAAGAAUUGAUGACCAAAAAACCUUACAUGUCACUCGAUGAGUGGCGCCAAGCUUUCAAGGGACAGGUUCGAGCACCACUACGAAUGCCACCAAAAGGUGGACGGUUUAGAAUAUGUGCUGGGUGGACGAAAGGAGUUUGUAAAUUGAGAAAAGGAUGUACUUUUGCACACGGCCCACAGGAACUCGAAGCUUGGAAUAAACAUGUAAAAAUGAUGGAAAAUGAGAUGGAAACUAAGAACGAGGAGGAAAAGGAAAAUGAACAGAAAAAAGACGAAAAUGAAAAUGCAAUAAAGACCAUCACCCGUUCACCGAUAAAAGAUGAUCGACCAGUUCCCACUUACAAGUUGAAGGAUCUCGUCACCAGUCUUUCAGGAGUGUCAGUUGCGUGUGACCCAAGUGUUCAAAAUGUGUCAUUACAAGUUCCAUUGGACAGUGAAGGAGAAAAAUCUUUUAGCUGGACUGUCCGACUAUCUUAUGAGUCCACUGAGACCGGGCAUCUGCAGGAUAUUGCACUAUUAUGGAAAUUCCCCAGUUGUUACAGUUUCACCAGUGUUAAAAUUCAAUACUCCAAAGGCCCACUUACAGUGGAGGACGCUGUAGAGAGAGUUGACGACUGUCAUUAUCAUGUACCACCAUACCUACGUGCGUUGGACAGCAACUGUGAAGUGGAGGUAGCGCUUUCAUUCUCUACAUUUGUCUUUGGAAACUUCAGACAAUAUUUGGUGUUCGAUUUUGGCCAAGAGAGUCCCCUUGCCUUAGAAUUUUGUGUCGAAAUCGGCAGUCAAGAAUUCCUGAGAGAACUGAGCGAGGAGAAGACAAAGCUUGCUUUGGGUGGGCCUCUGUGGGAUGAAAGUUACUGGAAAAUUGUCCCUUUUGAGUGCAAAACCUCUUCAGUGUUCAAGAAUGAUAAUUUGACAGACUUGUACAAGUUGCCAGUAGAUAGAGUGGAUGAUGUUGUGCCCUGUCCUCUUCUUGACGAAUCACAAGGUCUGAGCGAGAAAAAUUACAAAGACAUCAUGCAUCAGUUGUUAUUUGUAGAGGAGUUUUAUAUUCGCAAACAAGUUGCCAGAUUCAAUAUGGAAGGAGCCCAUUUACACGCUGCAUCACUGAUUGUUAAGAAAGAUGAAGUCCUGUGCGCCAACGAAGGUUGGCUGUACGGUUCGUUCCACGUGUUGCGCCCUAUAACACCCGAUGACGCGGAUGGGCGACUCCUACUCAGGAAUCUGUUCGGGAGCGCUGGGUCAGUGUUAAUAGCAAAAAGCCAGUGCUCUCAAUCGAUGGUUUAUGAAGCUUUAGUGGACUCGGUGGAGGAAAGUCGUGUCAUAGUAAAGCUAUCUGUACGGUGUUGCGAAGAUCUAGGGCUGACAAACAACAGUGAAACCAUUGUGGACGUUCAGUUCCGGAUCAAUCGACUUCGACUUUGUGAGAUGCACGACAACAUCGACAGACUGGGACUAGAGCACAUCAGAAUAGUGUUUCCCGCCUUUGGCGAGGUCGCCUUGGAAAAUAACGUUACUAUCUUGCCAUGGAUUCUCGAUCCCAGCUUAAACGAUGAUCAAAAAGAGGUUAUCAAGAAAAUAGCUUCGCCAUCUAGCAAUUCACCUCCUUUGGUGGUGUUUGGUCCAUUUGGAACAGGGAAAACUUUCACUCUGAAUCAAGCUGUUCGACAAAUUGCCUUAGACUGCAACAACCGCGUACUCAUCUGCACCCAUUCAAACAGUGCGGCAGACAUACACGUAGAGUUAUUGGACGAAUACCUCCGUAAUAAUGGAAUACUGGCUUGCAGACCCCUGAGGAUUUACACACCGUUGCGGAAGUUAUCAACUGUCUCUGCCAUGGUGAAGGAGUACUGCCUCAUAACAGACAGAGUCUUUCGACUCCCAACUCGUGAUGACGUGUUACGUCACCGAGUCAUAAUAACAACUUUGGGAAUGUCACGAGCUCUGUUUGAUAUGGACCUACAUCGGGGAAUUUUUUCUCACAUCUUAAUCGAUGAAGCGGCGCAGGCGCUGGAGACGGAAACGUUAGCCCCAAUUACACUAGCGGGUUACAAUACGAAAGUGGUUUUCACUGGGGAUCACAUGCAGAUGAGCCCUGACGUACUCUCUCCUCAAGCAAAGAAGUGGGGAUUCCAGAUGUCCUUACAAGAGAGGCUUUUCUACGACUACGACAGACGAAAAAAGGAAGCAAAGCAAGAUCCCAAUGUCAUCUAUUUGACAACGAACUACCGCUCAAACGAGCAAAUUCUUCAAUUCUCCUCCGACAUGUUUUACGGCCAACUUUCCUGUGGUAGUAAUCAACCCCUUCACCCUUGGUUGGGUCCAUUGGUAUUUUAUUCCGCUUUUGGCGAAGAGGAGAUGGCGGAGAACCAUUCGUCCCACCGCAAUUUGGCUGAGGUGAACGAGGUGGUGAAGCGAGUCAAAGAGCUCAUGGACUGCUGGCCUCAACAAUGGGGUUCAAUACCGGAUCCUAAACAAGUUGCUGUAGUUUCAUCAGAGCGUUAUCAGGUAAAAACGAUUCGCGAUGGCCUUAGAAAAAUUGAUCUUGGUGAAGUUGACGUGGAAACCAUUGAAAAUGUGCAAGGAAAACAGUUCCGUGCUCUCUUUGUCAGUACAGUGCGAACCAAUCACUUUUGUAACGAGUCCAAUGCGUGGGUGGAUAAUGAAAGUGACAGGCCUUACCUUUCAUUUCUCACGGAUCCUAAGCUUUUAAACACUGCACUUACCCGUGCCCAGUCUCUCAUCGCCGUGGUUGGCGAUCCUUUUUCACUGAGGACUAUUGGAGAUUGCCAGGGACUUUGGGAAGAGUUUAUUAAGAGAUGCAGUGCCAGUGGAAACCUCUUUGGAAUAGAGUGCAGUGAACUUGAAGAAAGUAUUUCUCAAACGGGACUCAAUGUCAACGCCAGUGAAUUUGUCCCACGACUCGCCAGCCACACAAGUCCCCAACCUGAUAACGAAUCCCCAAACCACCAGAUGGCAGCCUUAGACGAUGUGAAAUUCAAUGCAUCUCAUUCACCUCCACAGAUAAACGCACCAGAGCAUACCAUUGAUAAUGAAACUUCUUUUCCCAAGGAAAUGAUGCACGAGAAUGUACACACCACUAGGGCUGAUAGGAUUCUAGACUAUUGCGCCGAGGAUUCUAAGCAUGAACUACUGAAAACGUCAUCUCCAAACGAAGAAGACGACAGCGAAUUUGAAAGUACUUCAGACUCUGGAGAUGUGUGCGACAGACUGAUUGGGAGUGACGAUAAUGAAAAUGGUGAUUUUGUAGAAUAUGGAAAUGUGCCGGAUGAAACUGUUCCCCCAAAGUACAUGGAUGACAUCACUCUUGCCAUCGAGGCUAAAUGUGUGGAAAAUGAGAAGAAACGAAAAUCGAAAGAAGAAAAGAUGCAACAGUUGGAAAGGGAACAGAUGAGGCUCUUCGCUUCAACCAACCACAAAGUCGCCGAAGAUAUUGACGAUGAAAGUGUUCACCGCGCUUUUGUUUCUAACAACGCAAGAACCGAUAUACGUCAUGAAGACUUCACGGUCAUAAAAAGGAAAGGCAAAACGCAAAUUGUUUGGAGAAAUCCUAGGAUUGAAUAUAGUGAACGUACAAAAAGGCUUAUCAGUCAGGCCAAAUUUAACGAUCAUGAGAGUCUCCAGGCUGAGUGUCUUGAACGUUUACUGAAAGAGGAGCCCGAGAAGUACUGCCGAUGUAGACUUCGCAUAAGCUUCGAGAAAUCCAGAGUAUCCUAUGGAGAGAUUCAAGAUGUCAAGAGUGAAGAUAUCAUGAUUGAGGGAAGGAGCACUCGUCAGAGAUUUGAUGGAGAUAUCGUGGCGGUAGAACUUAAGAAGGAGUCCUCGGACGAAUCGCCUUUCCAGCUGGGGAGAAUCAAGGGAAAAAUAAAAGGUAGACUAUAUUGCCCGAUGAACCCUCGUGAACGCCAAUUUGUGUGCUCGAUCUCCAGGACAAACCCUUGGUUGAUGUUCCCCAUUAAUAAAUCAAUGACACCCAUUGCAAACUUAAAAGGAAGCUCUUGCGAAGUAAUUCCUAUUUACAAGAAAGAACAGCCAGGAGAAGGAGAAAGAGCAGUACAGAUAAAAGAGAUUUCAAAAAAAGACGCACUCAGCGGAAAAUUUCUUUUUGUGGUUCAAUAUUUGCAGUGGAGGAAAGAUUUCCCAUACCCACUCGGUAUUGCCACUAAGACUAUUAGAAAAGGAAGUGAUCUUCGAAGUGCUUACGGUGUACUUGAUGCCGAAUACCAGUUAAAGAGAUCAUUUAAAAAGGAGGUCUCCAGGGAGGCGGCAAGAUUCCAAGAUGAGUGGCAGGCAGUCCUUGAGCGUGAAAAACAGCAUCGCCAACUGGUGUUAAACGCAUUCACAAUUGACCCUCCCGGAAGUGAAGCUCUCGAUGAUGCCUUGACUAUUGAAAAGCUUGAAAAUGGUUUGUGCAGAGUAGGAGUACACAUUGCUGACGUGUCCUAUUUUGUGAGAAGAGGAAGUGGUAUCGACCUUGAAGCAAAGAAGAGGGGUACCUCCUACUUCCCUGGUCAUAGCCAUGGAGAUGUUUUGAUGCUCCCGAAAGAGCUAAGCCACCAUCUCUGCAGUCUGCUGCCAAACGAAGAACGACUUGCCGUGUCUCUUUAUCUAGAUUUGAACCAGGAUGGUAAUGUUCAUGGGAUCGAGGACCUCGAUCAUGGUGGUCGCAUGCAGAGGAGAGAGCUUAAUUUUGCGCGUACAAUUGUAAGAUCACAAUGUCGUUUGACUUACAACGAGGCACAAGCAAUCAUUAUGAGCCCAGACAAAGUUCCAAACAACCCUUACAGUGAUGGGAAAGUAGCAACAAAGAUCAAAGAAAGCAUACGCAUGCUCAGCAUGUUGGCCCAAAAGAGAAGAAAACUGCGUCUUCGUGGCGGAUCUUUCUAUCGUUUUGACGAUGCAAACCGAGCUGAAGACUUCGAGGCUCAUGAGCUGGUUGAGGAAAUGAUGAUCCUGGCUAAUGAGUCUGUAGCCAGAUAUCUCAUUAUCGAUCAAAGAGGUGGAGAGUCAUUACCUUUGAGGAUUCAACUCCCCCCCAAGACUCACAAACUGAAUGAAUGGAAAGAGCGGUUUGGAGGUUGUGCCCAGCUUUCACUCUCUCUGAGUGAAUACUCAAGUCGAGAUCAGCUUUGUGUGGAAAACUUCAUUCUACCAAAGUGUACUUGGAAUGAAAUUAGUUCUGCACGCCAAAAAGACGAUGACAGAAAGCUCACCCAUCUAAUUUGCAAUGAUCAUAUCUAUCCGCAACUCGCAAUCGCACGUUCAUUUUUAAGAGGUCUCCAACGAAAAGCAGAGGAUUUAAAAGCGGCUGAGGUUCCACCAGAUAACAGAGUUCACUGGUCUUUAAAACUAAAGGAAUACACUCGAUUCACCUCCCCAAUUCGUCGUUACCUUGAUAUCGAAGUUCAUCGGCUGUUACUAGGGGAAGCAGACCAAAACGCUGAGGCUGAAGACAUCUCUGUGCUUUUUCGCCGUUGCUCGUUUCUAUCUGAGAGAGCAAGUAGGUUUGAGAAAGAAUGUAGUCAGGUUCAAUUUGCUGCGAGUCUCAGGAAAGAGAGCUGCGAGACGCCUGCUGUCAUUGAAGUCCUCUCGAGAGAUUUUUUUCAGCUACAGCUUCUAUCUGGAGCGAAUUGCUAUCUGCCUUCAGGACAGAGGAGAAUCCAGAUCAGUCACCUGGGACCAAUUAAACAACCAGAGAUGGAUGAAUCAUUGCAAUGCCUUGAACUUGAGUGGAAACUCAGAAUUUAUGAUGCUUCGUCUGAAACUAUCCAGCAAGCGCUGGAGUGUAAGACUCAGGAGCAACGUGAGGAACAUUUUUGCAAAGAUAGAGUCAAGGUUACGUUAGAAGUAAGCUCAGAUGGUUCAAGUCUUCUGAAUUACAGCAUUCCGAGCCAACUUUGGUUGGAUGUCUCAAACGCCGUCGAAAACAACAACAAAGAAAAGUUGGAGGAGUGUUUAGCAAAGGUUGAUGCAACAAUAGGAGAGAUAGAAACUCAGGCCAGAGCUCUAAACUUUAAUUACGAAAACUAUGAUGUGGUAAAAAAUGAUGACGAUGACAACGAUGACAAUGACGAUAACGAAGAUAAAGACGACGAUGACGAAGAUAAUGACGACGACGAUGACGAAGAUAAUGACGACGACGAUGACGAAGAUAAUGACGACGGCGAUGACGAAGAUAAUGACGACGACGACGAUGACGAUGACCAAGAUAAAGACGACGACGAAGAUGAUGGUGACGAUAUGCAUUUUCAAAAAGUGUCCUUGAUUUUAAAGGUUUCUGACACUGUCCACAUACAACUAGCUGUAAACGAAGUUAGAGGUCUGAUGUCACCAGAGAUUCAGCUUUUCAAGUUGGCCCCAGGAAUGGACGUUUGCCUCGAGCAUAGGAAACGUCCAGAUAGAUGCUUUGUAGAACUUGCCUCAGAUCACUCAUCACAGCCAAAGUACAAGGAUAUUAGAAGGUAUAUCAAAGCCUGGGAACCCGUACUGGCAAUGGAGGCCGCCACUCAGGCGAUAACGAAUGACGAUGUUAUCAUUCUGCAAAAUCUCACGGUGAAAUGGAGAGAAAAUGACAAAGAAAUUAACGGCGAGUUUCUGCUUGAGAAGUCGUUUUGUACAACAAGAUGCAUCAACAUUUCAGAUGGUGAUUACGCCUGUGCAAAAGUUUGGUGCCCAGUGUCAGUGCAAGCUGAGGGAUCUGAUACCUCAAAAUCUAUUGCUGCCAAUACCCUUUGGAAAACUGACAAAGAGGUCGAAGAGGAAGAAUUCUCUGAUAGUGAUGAUGACUCAAGCUUCUAUACAGCAAGCGAAGGAGAAGAUGAACUGGAAAGUUCCAAGUUUAAAGGUGGAAAAGGGGAACACUUUGUUUGGGUUGGCCACUGUUCGAUCACGAAAAAGAAGGAUCGUGUGACGCUUCACCUGAAACAACAGUCCAUACACAUUCCCUCAGGGCUUCUGGAUGGAGAUGGGUGUAUCUGUACCUUGGAAAUAAUAAAGCUGGCCAUCAAUCACAGGCGAAUGAUGAACGCUUUGAAAAAACUGGAAAAAAAGGGAAAGGAAGACCUAGUUCACGACCUCUGCCUUGGAAAAAAAGAACAGCUGGGUGAAACUUCCAGAAAACAACCACCAAGCGAAAUCCUAUCUAUUGUUGGCAUGAGUAAAGAGCAACCUGAAAAAGCUUCAGAUCUAAACAGGGACCAGCUUCAGGCAGUUAAAAGAGCUCUACGAAGCCGCUUUACUUUAAUUCAAGGACCUCCCGGAACUGGAAAGACCAGAACAGGAGUGCAUAUCGCCUACUGGUUCAAUGACGUAAAUGAAAGAGAUGAAAAGGAGAAUGCUACUGUCCUCUACUGUGGGCCCUCAAACAGAUCCGUAGAUGUUGUGGCAGAGUAUCUGAUAAAGAUCAAAGGCCUUAAAUCAAAGAUCCUUCGAGUAUACGGCAAAGUCAUCGAGCAAAAAAUAUUUCCACUACCGAAUGAAGUGAAAUCAUCUCGAACGAUUGGCAGCAAAGAAGAGAUGAGAGUACCUAAGAAACUGAGAGGCAUCGCAUUGCAUCACGUUAUCAGACGGAGGAAAAAGGGAAAGGGAAAAAAGUCGCCGUUUGCCAAAGACCUAAGAAAGUUUGAAAAGAUGUUUGCCAAAAAGAAGAAAAAGAAGCAAGUUGUGGAUGACGCAACAGUCUCGAAAUAUCGUCAGCUGAUAAAGGAAGCUGAGCAAUGGGCAAUUAAGAAAUUUGGACGCAUUGUCCUUUGUACCUGUUCUGCGGCUGGAAGCAAAAGGAUGGAGCAAGUCUGUGGGAACGUCAUUCAGUGCAUUGUGGACGAAUGCGGAAUGUGUCUGGAGCCAGAAACUCUCAUUCCAAUUGUGAGUUCAGAAUCGGCUGAACAAGUCGUUCUAAUCGGAGACCAUAAGCAACUUCAGCCAGUUGUAAAGAACAGAGUGGCGAAGUCACUUGGACUGAGUACUUCCAUGUUUGAGCGAUAUGCCAGUCGGGCUGUUAUGCUUAAGGAGCAGUACAGAAUGCAUCCAGAUAUUUGUGAAUUCCCUUCCAGGCAGUUUUAUGAUGGAAAAUUAGUCACGUCAAAGUGUGUCAUAGACAGACGUACCGCAUACGGCAGGAGUUUUUCAAAUUUCUGGCCGUCGCAUAAAGGUGACAGUUACACACCCCUUGUGUUUUGUCACGUGGUCGGCGAGGAGGAGGAGCUUGUAGUGACAACUGAAGAAGGCCAUGAACGAUCAAAGAGUAACAUGAAGGAGAAAGACAAAGUGGUCGCCGUGGUCAAGAAAUUGCUUAAAACUGGCGUGAAACUAAGAGAAAAUGACGAGUCAAGAGUCAGAGAAGAUCAAGUUCUUGUUCUCAGCCCAUACCGCGCGCAGUGCCAUGUUAUUCGACAAGAUCUCAUACACGAGGGUUUAACCAAAGUGAACGUAACUUCAAUUGUUAAAAGCCAAGGGAGUGAAAAUGAGUUCGUGAUCAUAUCACUUGUCCGGUCAUUACCAGACUCCCAGAUUGAUUACGAACCCACCGGGAGAUGGUUACGGGAGAACUUGGGCUUUGUCACUGACGAACAUCAGAUGAAUGUUGCGUUGACUAGAGCGAAACAAGGACUGUGUAUUAUUGGUAACAAAAACUUACUAGAGGUCUGUGAUUUGUGGAGCUCUCUCAUUGAGCAUUACCAAAGCAAAUCAUGCUUUGUGGAUGGCUGUGACUGGCCCUGAGCUGAACGUAUGUGAAGUGUAAUUUCCUUUAUACAUCAAGCUUGAGAUGGUUGUUGUCAAAGAUUGGUUUACAUCACCCGGAAAAAUGUCAACUACAAAAUCGUAUAUAGUUAAUAGCUUUAAAAAUGUCUCAGGUAAAUUAAUGUUAUAUAGUGCAUGAAUAAAUCCAGUUUGAGCUAGUAUUUGAAAUACCUCAAAGAAAUUUAAAGGAUUUAACAAAAGGAUUUAUCUCAUAUUCAUAAUCAUUUAACAAUACUUUUAGUUUUUAUCUCAUAUUCAUAUUACAAUAUUUUUAGCUAAGAUAGUUAUCACGAAGUGUCGUGUUUUCUUACCUGUAGAUACAAAAUUUAACACUUAAGAUAUUAGAUUUAGCACUAGGAAAAUGUGUAACAAAUUUCUGGAGAAUUAAAUCAUGGAAUAGCCCUGGCAAUAAAUUUGUGUGAGUUCCUCUAUUUCAUAAAGAGAAAUUCAACAAUCCUUUGAGUUGGCUACGAUGAAAAUAUGUCAUUACCGAUCUUUCUGAAUAUUUAUAUGUGAUAUUCGGAAAAAAAUGAACCAUAACAAGUACGAUAUUUUCACCAAGUGAAGUUCAAUGAAAAGGUAAAAUGUUACGUGUCAUCCUUUCUUAAAUAAAAAGUCUAGUGUUGUCUAGUUGAAUAAAUUGUCGGGUCUAUCA